ACUAGCGGCGAGGCAUCCAACUUUUGAGUUUGGCCUGACCCUAAACCGUUAACUGCUUACAGUUCAGGCCAGAAAGUUGGAUGCGGGUAAGGCAGAGCAGGUGGCGGACAUGUUGUGUCACCAUAAGACAACGGCCGACCAAUACUACAAUACUACAACGUCGCCGACCAUCAAGGCAAAACCUUCGACACAUACUUGUGGCUGUCGAAAGCGAGGAAGAGGACGUGGGCGCCACCGCCACCACCAACAACACCAGCAGCCACUCUGUGUCGGACGAUGACAGCGCCCCACCUCAUAAAGCCCCAACAAGCCGCGCCGCUCCCACCGCCAUCGCCACAGCAAAUAGCACCAGCAGCCCCGAGGUGUCUUUGACAAGGGGCCAACGCCUGUCAACGUCUUGGGUUCGCUUGGAAAGACUUUCCGGGCUACCCAGCAGACCCGCUCUCUCAGAAGAUGACAGCGAGGAUCGCUCGGAAGCCCCCACAAGCAGAACCGCUGCCACCACCACCGCCACUUUCAACAGUCCUAGCAGCCCUGAUGUGACCAGAGAUGUUUCCAAAGAUGGCCUCUCUGAAGCAGCCCCUACAAUCCGCGCCGCUCCCAUGGAGCAGAAGUCACAGGUCGGUGCAUCUGUCAUGCAAGAGAAGCGAAACAAGCAUUGGGAGCUGUUGGAAAGGGACGAGCCGAGGCAGGAGAUGGAGGAAGCGGCGAAAACCUUCAUCACAGAUGCAGAGACCAAGGAGAAGGAGGAGGUAUUCCGUGCCGACAUCAAAUGGGCUGCCGCGAACGGCAAAACAAUCACCAUGAAGACGGUUAGAGACAAACGGGGGAAUUGCUGGCCGCGUCCCUCGGACAAGCAGAAGUCCAGCAAGAAAAGAGCGAGAUUCUCGUCCCGCGCAACGAUCUUCGGGAACUCUUUUCUCGUGCCUCGGCUAACUUCCACCAAUCAUGCUUGCUGCGGCCAGUUCCCUCAUCGCAAGCGACUGGUGCCCGGCACAACACUCCUUCCACUUUUCUCUUUUUGGGCCGCCACCCAUCCUAGGAGCCAUAUGGUCGCACCCAAGGCAGAAGAGACAGACUCAAACGGAUCAAAAGACCCCUUCCCGUAG